GUGAGAAGGUUGAGAAGGAAGUGGAGGACUCUCAGAAGGCCUGGUGUUACGUGGCUCGCAAGAUUUCUGAAUCCUGUGACCACUGAAAGAGAAGAAAAACAAGAGAGGGAUGAUGAAGAAGAAAGUGAAGGUUCCGGAGGAAGCGACAGUCAACAAGGCACAAAAUUGAGACGUCUUGCAGCUUCUACAGAACCAAUAUUAUCUUUACUAGUCCCCUUGGCUGGUGUAGUUGUUAAACAAGUGAGUCCUAGCUAG